GGGAAGGGUGGCGCUCGUCUUCGCCUCUUCGGCCUCGCAUAUGAUGGGCGUCCGACAGCGCGUGGACACUGUGGGCGCGCUCCUCCUCGCGAUGGGCGCCGCUGCGUGGGCGGGCUCCGUCCUGUACAAGAAGGCCGGGAGCGGCGGCUGUGGCGACGCCUUCACCUCCUGCUCUGCGCGCUCGUUGCUCUCCGCUGCCAUGAUGUGCACUGCUAGUAGUCAGUGUCGCGGCUUCAGCUAUGAGAGUCCCCGCUGCGAGAUGCACAGCCAGCUCACUCCCCCGGACAACACAUCCAGCAUUCCGUGUUAUUUCCCAGUGAGCGAGAUACCCAACAGCCACGGUGGCGGUUUCCAUGGCAACGUUGGGUCGACCACUUCGACGCCUCCGCAGGCCGCCGUCCAGCCGUCCAUCAGCAACACGCACAUCAGGCUCGUCGGCAUGUAUUCCCGCUGCAACAACAACGGCGCUGCGGUCGGCCUGUACAAGGAAUUACUUGGAGACUUCUAUUUCAUCUGCAAAACGUCGCCCAACGAUAUUCCGCUGAACACGGGCUCCACGGGCGCAACCUGCUCGAGCUCUCCCGCCGACUGCCUGAACACCGAGUGCAGCGCGGGCAGGGUGUUCCACGGGUACGACUGGAACCAGAGGACGGGGCCUUGCUAUGACGUCACCGGCAGCCAGGCCUCAGUGGACAGGAACGAGUGUCACGUGGUGUCGCUCGUGCAGGAUCUCCCCGCGGGCGCGAGCGUAUCGUGGGUGUCGUGGCGGAUCUGCGUCGGCGACGGGUUUUUCGUCGUCACCAAGGUCGAAAUCGUGGCUGCGCUAAUUACCAGCAUUACCUGCUGCAGGGCUCAUGCCACCUAGCUUCACCUGUCCCAUUGGCUGCCUGGCGAAGGAGGAGGCGACGUGUUCUCAAGCGCGUGAUGGUCUGCUAGCAGCUUAAUGGAAGCAAAUGAGAGGCAUCGGAACACGCUUACUGAGAGAGAGCAUCUGAACCAUUGCCUCGCCAGCUGGAAUCUAUGCAGAAUCCCAAAGACAAGGAUAUUUCUGCCAGGACUUGUUCAAAGAACAUACGUAUAGAUUUGUUAUGUACUUUUUCCCAUAAUUUAUCAUUCAGACAGUCUCUGAAAUGGUAUUAUACAGAAGACUCUUUUUUUACGCUUAAUCUCAACUGCGCUUCACUUCUAUGUAGAUUUGGGAACAACUUUUAACUCCGUUGCACUUCAUCGUUAGAAAUCCCAUGCAAUAUCUAAUCUCACCAAUUAUCACUUAACUAGUUUCAUUCCCUUGCACUCUGUAACACACUUCAGAGUUUAACAUACCACCAUGCGCAUUUCCCUUGGUAGGCUAAGAAAGUACGAUGUCAUAAGAAUUGAAGUGGCAUAUCAAUCAACAGCAUAGGUGUCCUCAUAAUCUUUUGUUUAAUAGAAGUAUUUCAUGGUCUCAAAUAUCAGUGAUUUAUACUGACUAUAUUUUCUCAUUGGAAUACUUACAUAUGUUCCCUAUGGUAUUAUGGAUUACGUUUCUUUUAUCUUCCUUUCUUAAAAUAUCCACAGCUUUUGAAUUAAAUAUCUAUAUAUACAUGUAACGCCCCCCUACCCCCCAAAAAAAAAAUCUGUUAUGAUCUGACUUUGUUUUUUUUCUUCUAUGAUCAGUAUCAGUUAAAUCACCAUUGAAAGUGAAAUUAGCAAAACAAAUUAAAGUCGUUUUCCUUUGGUUUGCCGUUCUUAUUACAUCUCUGACAAGGAAAAUUGGUAUUAAGGUAUCAUCUAACAUACCAGUACAUGGGAAUUCUUGGCUGAACUAAAAUAAAAAAAAAUGUGUCGUAACAAAUAACUUUUUUCAGAUAUCUAGAAAAAAAAAUCUUUUUAAGGACGCGUCUCGAUAAAGUGUUAUCGCUAUCUACUGAAAAGAGUCAACGGAGAAAGAAAGAGAAGAAGGAGAAGGAGGAAGAAAAGAAAAAAAAAAACAACGUUAGGGAUCAUCUUUAAAAGGCAUAUAAGAAGUCAUUGCAAUUCUGCCUUCCAAAUCAGGAGAACGAAGCCAUGGAGGAACGGAAAGCAAAUCUCAGUUCAAAGUCACGAAAGAGAGAGUCUGGGGCGAACAUGGGUGAGUCAGAGACAACCAAACAAAUAAAAGAAAUGGUUACUGGUACAAGUCUCACGCUUAAAAUAAUAACUGAUAGCGCCAGAAAUUUCAGACUGGGUUGAACAGAGAAUGAAAUACUGGAGAAAAAGAAAACGACUCCAUAACACAGAGCAAUAAAUGAAUGAUGAAACAAAAUAAUAAAAGUAGCAAACAAAAAAAGAACAAUAAUAAAGAAUAUAGAAUGAUAUAGAAAAGAAGUAACAAGAAAUAAAUUAAUGUUCAGAUACAAAACAUUGCACAAAAGGAGUAUUUAUAUCAGAUUCAACUGAACAUCCAGGAAGUGAACGAAAACAAAGAAAGAAGAUAAUAUAUCUCCAAAACUCUAGUAUUUGGAACAAAACAAGGCUAUACAAGACGAUGAUUCGAAAUGUGGUGUUUCAGAAAAAAUGAAAAGAAAGUAGAUAGAUGGAGGAAAUAAGAACAACAGCUGUUGUCCGGUAGUUAUUUAAAGAACAACAAGUAAUUGUUCUAGACACCAUAACUAGGAUACCUGAGGAUACAGGCAAAACUA